CUGUUUGUUUUUUAUUAAAAACCCAAAAAAAGAAUUGGUGGAAGAAAAAUUCUCUGUUGAUUCUUCCAUCAUUCCUUAAUUAACUGAUCCAAACCCCAGAAUUUUUCCACCAAAAACCAUAGUCUUAAUUCUAAUAUUAUAAUAUAUUUAAAUUGUGUUCAUAGUUGUUUAAAUUAGUGUUUAAUUAUUGUAUGAAAUAUUGAUGGAGACGGCGGCAGCAACUCAACAACAACCCUCGUCACCGGUUGUAUCCGGUGGUGUAAAUCUGGCGAAUGCGGUGGCUACGCCGGGAGUGUUUGGGAAUCUCUCUUUGUAUGUGGGUGACUUGGAUGGCAGUGUGAAUGAAAGCCAAUUGUAUGAUCUGUUUAGCCAAGUGGCUCCUAUUGUGUCUGUUAGGGUUUGUAGAGAUCAAAACAAACGAUCAUCUCUUGGUUAUGCUUAUGUCAAUUUCGGUUCGCCUCAAGAUGCUGCAAGUGCCUUGGAUGUACUGAAUUUUACGCCUGUAAAUGGGAGUCCAAUCCGGAUUAUGUAUUCUCAUCGGGAUCCUAGCCUUAGGAAGAGUGGAUUUGCUAAUGUCUUCAUCAAGAAUCUGGACUCCUCUAUUGAUAACAAGGCACUGCAAGAUACUUUUGCUGCUUUUGGUGCCAUACUUUCUUGCAAGGUAGCUCUUGAUAGUAACGGUCAAUCUAGAGGGUAUGGAUUUGUACAGUUUGAUCGUGAAGAAGCUGCUCAAAAGGCAAUCAAUAGUUUAAAUGGAAUGUUGUUGAAUGACAAACAAGUGUAUGUUGGAAGUUUUGUGCGACGUCAAGAAAGAAAUGGAACUAAUGGAUCACCAAAAUUUACUAAUGUUUAUGUGAAAAACUUGUCUGAGAAUCAUACUGAUGAGGACCUUAUGAAAAUAUUCAGCCCAUUUGGUGCCAUCACUAGUGCUGUUGUGAUGAAGGAUACAACAACUGGGAAAUCCAGAUGUUUUGGUUUUGUCAACUUUCAGAGUCCUGAUUCUGCUGAAGCUGCUGUCCAACAGUUGAAUGGAACAGUUCAUGAUGACAAGCCUUGGUUUGUAGGAAGGGCUCAAAGGAAAUCAGAGAGGGAAGCUGACUUGAAAGCUAAAUUUGAACAAGAAAGGAUCACUCGCUAUGAAAAGUUACAGGCUGCUAACUUAUAUUUGAAAAAUCUUGAUGACAGCAUAAAUGAAGAAAAUCUCAACGACUUGUUUUCUGACUUUGGAACUAUAACAUCAUGCAAGAUCAUGCUUAAUCCUCAAGGAGUUAGCAAAGGCUCCGGUUUCAUUUCCUUCUCAACCCCAGAGGAAGCAACAAGAGCAUUAAAUGAAAUGAAUGGUAAGAUGAUUGGUAAGAAGCCUUUAUACGUUGCUAUUGCCCAACGCAAAGAAGAAAGGAAGGCAAGGUUGCAGGCUCAAUUUGCUCAAGCUCACCUGCAGGGAGGAUUGACACCGUUGGCAACAGGGAUGCAUGGUUUCUAUCCUGGGUCACCUAGGCUUUCUCCUCAACAGCUUUACUUUGGGCAAGGUGCACCAGGUAUGCUUUCUCCUCACCCUGCAGGAUAUGGUUUCCAGCAGCAACUCUUGUCUGGGAUCCGUCCAGGAGUUGCCCAAAACUUUAUGAUGCCUUUCCCAGUCCAGAGGCAAGGACAACCUGGACAACGUUUAGGUGGAAGGAGAGGUGGUACUAAUGCUCUUCAGUUGCAGCAACAGCACCAGACGGCAAAUCGCAAUGGCGGUCAGAAUUUCAGAUAUUUGGCUAAUGGACGAAAUGGUCUUGAUCCAUCUGCCGGUGUGGGUCCCCAAGGGCUGGGAAGACCAUUGAUGCCAAUGACCUUGGAUGUUUCUGGAAUGCCUGUAACUGCUGCUGAUGUUGCAAGAUCUGGUCCACUUUCAGUCCCAACACUUGCUUCAGCCCUGGCUGCUGCAUCUCCUGACAGUCAGCGCAUGAUGUUAGGGGAACAGCUGUAUCCAUUGGUAGAGCGUCUUGAGCAUGAUAACGCAGGAAAAGUUACUGGCAUGCUGCUAGAGAUGGAUCAGACAGAAGUACUGCACCUUAUUGAGUCUCCUGAUGCUCUCAAGAAGAAAGUUUUGGAGGCCAUGGAUGUUCUCCAUUCAACUACCUUAGGUUCUGAAGUUGGUGAGCAGCUUGGCACGAUGCCACUCACAGAAUAAGCCAUUCGAUCAUAUUCUUUUCAUUGAUAGAUUUCCUUUCUGCUGGGAAGGCCCAAAUUAGGAAUUUUGAGGGGGGAUGAGCUGUUCCUUUCUUGGGUUUGGAUAUUUGGGAAGUUAGAUUUAUUAGGAAUUCAUUUAGGUCAUUAAAUUGCAGGAUUUGCUUGUUUUAAACUUGUCAUUUUCAGACCACAGGAUUAUUCUGGUUGCUUUCUUAGGAGUUUUUUGGAUACUGUUAUUUGAUUUUCGAGGGGGAUGUUUUUGUUUAGAUGAUUACGGAUUUUUGAUAUCAUUAUUGGGGUUUUGGAUUUUAUAUUACUUGAUACAUUUUAGUGAUGGGGAUUUUACUAGACGCUGUUUUGGUGCUACAAUUUUGACGCUAUUUUGUCAAGUAUGGCUAAUAAUAUUCUCCCUCUGCUUACAUAAA